UGUGAAAGUUGAUUUUGGUGAAAUGUCAGUGGAUGCAGCUGAAAGUGCUGAUAACUAAGCAACAGGAUGCUUCAGCAGCAGACAGUGACAUUUUUAUACACAUUGAGAGGAGGCUCAACGCAGCAGUGACACAGAGCUGAGGGCAAAAAGAAAACCUUUACACACGUAAAUUCCAGUAUUUGGAAGCAUGCGUUUUAUCGGGGUGUUUUUCCUGUAAUUCCCAGCCAGUGUGUCGCCUCGCACAAAAAUGAGGACACAUGCUGUUUUUUUUAAUAUAUUUUAUUUUUCACAGAAUGCGACAACUGUGGGGAGCCUCUAAGGUGCGUUAGAGUUUGGAGCUGAUUCCUCGCAGCUCGUUUGUGCGUUCUCGCCAAGACUUGGCACCUGCCGGACGCGGACGGAACAGAGCACGGGAAUACUGAGCUUCAGUGGCGUUUACUGGCUGGCUGACAAGACGUCACUUUCUUUAAUUGAUCAUCACAAAAGACCGAGAGUGAGGAGGCUGCUGACUUAUGGCGAUUUUUCCGGGAAGAGACUAAACUUGAGAUUUAAUUCCAGUCAUGUCAGCCAAUGGGAGCUCAGAGAGCGGCUGCAGGUCAGAGGUCAAACCCUCCAACAACACCUGCAGCCAGAAGGAGCUCUCCGUCACCGCCUCCAUCAUCUCCAUGACUGUUGGCAUCUUCUCCAACAGCUUGGCUCUCUUCAUCCUGGUCAAAUCCUACAACCGCAUCCGGAUCAAGUCCAAGGCGUCCUUCCUGCUUAUCGCCAGCAGCCUGGUGGUCACAGACCUGCUGGGUCACCUCAUCAACGGCUCCCUGGUGCUUUUCGUCUACAGCUCCCAGAAGAAGUGGGAGACCUUUGACCCUCAUCGCAUCGUGUGCAGCGUCUUCGGCAUGUGCAUGGUGUUCUUCGGCCUGAGCCCCUUGUUCCUGGGCAGCAUCAUGGCGGUGGAGCGCUGCAUCGGAGUCACCAGGCCCAUCUUCCACUCCACGACGCUGGUUUCCCGCCACAUGAAACGACUGCUGGGGCUCACCUGGCUGCUCGCUGCCCUGGUGGCCGUGCUGCCUGUGUUGCUGUGGAGGCCCUACAAGGUUCAGAGCUCCAGGAGUUGGUGCUUCUUCCCCAUGGAGCAGCCCAAAGACUGGCUAGAUGUGCUCCUGCCCCUGCUCUUCUCAAUGCUGGGGCUUCUGGCGCUGCUGCUCUCUAUCGUGUGCAAUACACUAACGAGCUGUGCGCUGCUGCAGGCCAGACUGCGACACAGACAUCACUGCAGGGGCACGCCAUACCACAUAGAGAUGAUCUGGCAGCUCCUGGGGAUCAUGCUGGUGUCCUGCGUUUGCUGGGGCCCAUUAUUGAUCCACGUCAUCAUCCUGAGCACCAGAGCCAGAGACGAGUCCACGUCCUUCAGCCUGCUGACCGUGGUUCGCAUGGCCACGUGGAACCAGAUCCUGGACCCGUGGGUCUACAUCCUGCUGAGGAAAGCCGUCCUGAGGAAAAUCUUCCUGUUGUGUCACAGCUGCUGGGACUCAAAGUCUCAUAACCUGCACCGCUGGCAGCACAGUAUGCUCUGCAGCUCAGUGGAGAAGAGCAACCCGUCCGACUGCCGCUGCCUCAGCAGGAUGCCUCUGCCAAACGCUGCCAUUAAAUCCAUCGCCUGAACCUGGACUGAAGGGUUCAAUCUGACAAAAAGGAGGCUGUGAAGGAGAGGAAUACUGCACAAUUACAUGAAGAAGGGUCUGUUGUCAUGUCACCUUUGCAAAAAUAAUCACCAUAGACUCACAGUUUUGUGAUGCAUUCUGUAAUGUGGGAUUCACUGUUUUUUUUGAAGGUCUCUGCCACCCAAAAUGAGUACUUUUUAUUCCAACCAAAUGAACUCGCACAACUGUGGUUCUUUGCAUAAUGUGGGAUUAACUCUUGUUCCACCCAAAUAGUACUUUCUAACAAGCAAAUUUUUUGUUUUACAGUUCUUUAUCACCCAAAAUACUACAGUCUAUCCAAGCACCUUUGUUUUAAAAGUUAUCUUUUCCACCAAAGAAGUACUUUUUUAAUGAACAAAUUAUGGCUUUGAAAGUCCAUACCACCAAAAAUACUGCUGUCUGUCCAAGUACUUAGAGUUUUAAAGGUUUAUUGCAACCAUAUAGUACUUUUGUAAAGAUCAAAUUAUGAUUUAAAGGUUUAUUCCACCCAAAAUACUACUUUCUGUCCAAGUACUUACAGUUUUAAAGGUUUAUUCUACCUGAAUAGUGAUUUCAAACACACAGAUCAUGUUUUUAUUUUUAAAGUUGAUACCACCCAAAAUGCUACUUUCUAGCUUUAAAGGAUUAUUUCACUCAAAUAGUACUUUUGAACAAGUAAGUUAUGGUUUUCAGAGUCUACACCACUCAAAACUGUUUUGCAGUUUUAAAGGUGCAAUCAAACAGAACUUUUUAUGCAUUAUCCCAUAUCACCCAGAAAUACUACUUUCUAUCCAAGCAGAGUUCAUUGGGGUUCAUUGCAACCAAACAGUAUUUUUCUAAAGAUCAAAUUGUGAUUUAAAGGUUUAUUCCACCUAAAAACAUAGUUUCUGUCCAAGUACUUAAAGUUUAGAAGAUUUAUUUCACCUGGAUAAUAAUUUCAAACAAGCAAAUCACGAUGUUAAAAGUCUAUACCACCCAAAAUACUAUUUUCUGUGCAAAUCUUUAUAGUUUUUAAAGUUCAUUCCACCCAAAUAGUACCAUUCUAAAGGUAAAGGUUAUGGUUUUAAAGGUUUAUUCCAUUCAAAUAGUACUAUUUAAACAUAGCAAAAAGACACAUUCAAGAGUAAACAGACAUGAGUAAGGUACAGGUAUGUUCACUAAAAACACAGGGCUUCAGUGGAUUAGAAAAACUUUGUAAUAAGGCGCAUUUGUAAGUUAUGGUUUUUAAAAGUCAACACCACCUGGAAUACUAUUGUCUGUUCAAGUAAAUACAGUUUUAAAGGUGCAAUCAAAUAAUACUUUAUAUUUUACAAUUCUACAUAUCUCAAAAUUCUACAGUCUGUCCAAACACAUCUAAUUUAAAAAGGUUUAUUCCACUUUAGUGUUUGUUAAAGAACAAAUUAUGGCUUUAGACGUCCAUAUUACCCAAAAUACUGUGUGUCUGAAGACAGAGUUUAAAAGAUUGAUUUCACCCAAAUAAUGCUUUCUAACAAAUUAAUUUUAAAAAUGUAUACCACCCAAAAUACCACUUUCCGCUAAUGUAAUUUUUUCAUCCAAAUAGUACUUUUUUUUUUUAAAAAGUUAUGGUUUUAAAAGUCUAUAACACCCAGAAUAUUGGUGUCUGUUUAUGGCACCCAAAUAGUACUUUUUAACAGGAAAAUUAUGUUUAAAAAAAAAAAAAAGUCUACAUCAAGCAAAACAUUUGUAUCUGUGAAAAUAUUUUUUAUUUCACCCAAAUGACCUGAACAGGUUUGUGGUACGUUGUGUAUUGUGGCUUUAACUUUUUGUUCUUUACUUUCUGCAUCAGCGGUUCAAAAUAAAAUCUGUCUGACAUUUUCAAGCUCAGAAUAAAAAGGGCCACAAAUCAAUGUCAGGUACUCUUAAAAUCAUCUUUUCUUUUUUGGAAAAGUUGCAGUUUUUGUUCUGAAUACUGCUGACAUUUUCAAAUGGCAGCUCCAACAUUGUUUUGUACUGAUAUUUAUUGAAUAUGUUACGCUGCAUGUUCACCUCACAUGUGCACAGGUGAUGUGAUGCGAAUUCUGUUGUGAGGAUUCAUUUCUCUGGAUUAUGAUAGAAACACUUUCCAGCAGCAGAGUGGGGAGUAUGAUGUAAAAUAACUCAAUCUGCAGAAAUAUUUACCUAUAAAUGACGCAUGCUGUUUUAAACAACAUUAAAAUAAUGACUGGAAUCCACUGUGGGGCUUUGUGUAGCCAGAAUAGUGCCGCUUUUCUGUGUAAUCAUGACAGAAGGUCAUCUCAGUGGUCUGCUGGUAGCUACAUUAUUACUUUGUACAUGGGAGAUUUUGCAUCAGCGCUUCUGUAUCGUGUUGCUGUUUUUCAGAAAAUGUUUCCAUUGUGGUUGCCUUGACCUGUGUAAUAAAAGUGGAAAAACAAAAUAAUAUUCUGCUCUAAUAAGUAGCAGUCGUAUUAUCCAGGAGAUUUGUUAGCAUCUGCUUGGCUGAAGUGUGGAACCCGAAUCAUCAUAACCUUAAUUCUAAUUAGUCCUGAUGCAUCUUAUAAGGUUGAUAUAAUUCAAAAGUACAUUAAAAUUUGCAACAGAGUUAGACACCCUUUUCUUCUCCUACUGGCCUGUGGGUUUAAUAAAUAAUUUUGCAACUUUAGUGUUAAAUAGAUUUUCUUUUACUUCACUAUUUAAAGACAUAACAUGUGGGACAUACUGGGAAACAAUUAUUGGGAAAUGUAAUCAUUUUUACAUUAGUUUUAACGAUGUUCCUUAAACCCUGGCUUGAAAGGGAAGCAAUAAGGGGGAGGAAAUUGAUGAUAAACCAAGAUCCAGUAGAGCUGUGUGUUUAUUAGUGCACUGAAUUUAAAAAAUAAUAUUGCAAUGUGGGAAGAUUCUGCAAAUGGCAGAGAGCUCUAUUCAACCCUAAAGGUACUUUGUAACUUACAGUUUUACAUAUCUAUUCCACCCAAAACACCACUGUUUGUCUAAGUAUUUGGCAUUUUCAAGGUUCAUCCCAUCCAAAAUACCUCUUUCUGUCCAAAUACUUACAAUUCAGAGAGUGUACUCCAUUCAAAUACUGCUUUCUAACAAGCAAAUUAUGUCUUAAAAUAUCUGUACCACUAAAAAUACUGCUGUCUGUCCAAGUACGAUUACAAAGGUUUACUCCACCCAAUAUCUCUCUCUCUGUCCAAGCAUUUAAAGCUUUAAAAGGUUUAUUCUACCCUAAUAGUACUCUCUAACAAGUAAAUUAUAAUUUCAAAAGUCACCCGGCACAUUACUGAACAUGUCCAAGUACAGUUAGUUUAAAAGGUUUUAUCCACCCAAUAAAAUAGAUCUUCCUACAGGGUAGAUUAUGGUUUUAAAGGUUUGUUCCAUCCAAAAUAUCACUUCCUGUUCAAACUUUUAUAGUUUAAAAGGUUGAUUUAAUCCGAGAAAUACUUUAUAAAGAAUGAGUUGCAGAAUGAAGGUUUAAUCCAACUAAAUAGUAUGCUGCAUUUGAAAAAUAGCUGGCCUAGAAAAAUUGGUUUGUUUCAAGUGAAAAAGUUUUUUCCAUGUCAUCUGGCCAAAAAGGAGUUAAUGAAAAACAAGGAUCCUACAGUCGCUGUCCUAAAAAUGCAGCCUCUACCUCCUGUAACAUGUAUUGGUUGGCAUAUUUAGUGUAUUUAUUGGUGUAUUUAUGUGUAUUUUCUGGUACAAUUGUAGUAUAUUUGUUGUAUUUGUUGGUGUAUUUUCUAUUGUACAUAUUAAUAUAUUUAUUGGUGUAUUUGUUUCUGUAAUUAUAGCUAUAUUUGUUGGUGUACUUGUUGAUAUAUUUAUUGGUGUAUUUGCUGGUGUAUUCAUCUGUGUAUUUGUUGUCAUACGUUUUGGUGUAUUUGUUUCUGUAAUUAUAGAUAUAUUUGUUGGUGUACUUACUGCUGUACUUGUUGGUGCAUUUGUUGCAGUAAUUAUAGAUAUAUUUGUUGCUGUAUUUAUUGCUGUACUUGUUAGUGUAUUUGUUGUAUUUGUUGCUGUAAUUAUAGGUAUAUUUGUUGGUGCAUUUAUUCCUCUACUUGUUGGUGUAUUUAUU